CUCCCGCGCAGCCCGUCUGCACAGAUGCAGUGCGAGGAGGGGACCGAGUGGCUGCUGGAGCUGCUGACCGACGUGCAGCUGCAGCAGUACUUCCUGCGGAUCCGAGAAGAGCUCAACGUGACGCGGCUCUCGCACUUCGACUACGUGAAGAACGAAGACCUGGAGAAGAUCGGCAUGGGGCGCCCGGGUCAGAGGAGGCUCUGGGAGGCAGUGAAGAGGAGAAGAGCCCUUUAUAAACGCAAGUCCUGGAUGAGCAAGGUGUUUCCGGUCAAGCGACCCGACGCCGACCCCCAGCAGCCCCUCCCCCCGGGGGCGGCGUCCUCCGGCGCGGCGCCGGCCAGCAGCGACCCGGGCGCCUCGCUCACCUGCCUGAUCCGGGAGGCGGAGCUUCAGCUGUUGGAGCGUCUGGGCGACGGCACCUUCGGAGUGGUGCGGCGAGGAGAGUGGACCGGGCCCAACGGCCGAGUGUUGUCCGUGGCGGUGAAGUGUCUGAAGGCCGGCGUGCUGGACUCUGACGGUCUGGACGAUUUCAUCAGAGAGGUGAACGCCAUGCACUCGCUGAGCCACCAGAACCUCAUCCGGCUGUACGGCAUCGUCCUCACACAGCCCAUGAAGAUGGUGGCCGAGUUGGCCCCGCUGGGCUCCUUGUUGGAUCGCCUGAGGAAGCGACAAGGUCACAUCCUCGUCUCCUCGCUGUGUACCUACGCCGUCCAGGUGGCGUGCGGCAUGUCGUACCUGGAGCAGCGGCGCUUCCUCCACCGAGACCUGGCCGCCCGCAACGUGCUGCUGUCCACCAACGAGACGGUGAAGAUCGGAGACUUCGGCCUGAUGCGGGCGCUGCCCCCCCACACGGACCACUACGUCAUGGAGGAGGGCCACAAGGUCCCGUUCCCAUGGUGCGCCCCUGAGUCUCUGAAGUCUCGUACCUUCUCUCACUCGUCUGACACCUGGAUGUUCGGGGUCACUCUGUGGGAGAUGUUCACCCACGGACAGGAGCCGUGGCUGGGCCUCACCGGGAGCCAGAUCCUCCACAAGGUGGACGUGGACGCCGAGCGGCUGUGUAAACCAGACGACUGUCCUCAGGACAUCUACAACGUCAUGCUGCAGUGCUGGAGCCCCAAGCCGGAGGACAGGCCCACCUUCAUCGCCCUCAGAGACUUCCUGCUCGAGACGGUGCCGACGGACAUGAAGGCGCUGCAGGACUUUGAGGAGGAAGACAAGCUCCAGAUUAAAGUGAACGACGUCAUCACCAUCAUCGAGGGAAGGGCCGAGCACUACUGGUGGCGAGGGCAGAACCGCGGCACGCUGCGCGUCGGGCAGUUUCCUCGCCACGUGGUGACGGCGGUGGCCGGCCUGUCCGCCCACGACAUCAGCCGACCGCUCAAACACUCCUUCAUCCACACCGGGCACGGAGACACGGACCCCCACCGCAGCUGGGGCCACGCGGACCGCAUCGACAGUCUGUAUCUGGGGAACCCCAUGGACCCCCCCGACGUCCUCGGGAUGGAGCCGGGCAUCGCCAGGCCGACCAAACUCCCCAACCGCUCCAAGAAGCAACCUCCUCCUCGCCCGCCGCAGCCCGCCGUCCUGCUGAAGAAGCCGUUCUACGACUCCGUGAUCGACGAUUACGACGGCGUGCACGUGGACCUGGCCGCCGGCUCCUCCUCCGCCUCCUCCUCAUCCUCGGGCCUGAAGCGGCUGGGCGUGUCCCUGGGGCUGAAGCUGCGGCCGUGGGAGGGCUCGUGCGGCGUGCGCUCGGCCAAGAGCGAGGUGUCGCUCAUCGACUUCACGGACGACAGCUUCAGCUCCGCCACGCCGUCGCCGCUCACGGAGACGACGACGCGGCGGCAGCCGGACGACGACACGCUGAAGGACACGGCGUCCAUCCUCGACUGGCCCCUCCCCCAGCCGUGCUACGACGCGGUCACUUCGGAGCUCGAGGACCAAUCGGAGGACCAGGAGGUGCGGUCCAUCAACAAGGAGUUCUCCCACGAGGCGGCGGCGCCCGGCGGCCUCUUCGCGGCGAGCAGAAGCGAGUCGCAGUCGGCCGACUUCUUCCAGGAGCUGCAGCGAGAAGUGAUGGUGAAGCUGCAGGUUCCCAUGGCAACGGGCCGCUCCCUCCCCUCCUCCCCGCUGCCGUUGACUCUGGCCCCGCUGGGCCCCCACCGACAGAUCUACCUGCCUCCCCCCUCCCCCCUCGCCUCCGCCUCCUCCGCCGACGCCUCCUUCCUCUGCUGCUUCGAGGACCGCCUCCCGGUGCUGCCCCCCCGCAGCCCCGUGCCGCCGCUGCGUCCGUCCAAGCGCAACAACCCCCCCGCCCGCACCGCCCACCCGCAGCCGCGCUCCAUCUCCAUCUGCCUGGGCGACGGCGAAGACACGCCUCCUCAGAUCCCGCCCAGGGACCACGCCUUCUCCCAGCCGGGCUCCCGCUCCUCCUCGCCCCUCCCGCUGGUGCUGCCGCCGCCGCCGCCGCCGCUGCUGGCCGCCUACCCGGUGGCGUUGCCCCCUCCUCCCCUCUCCGCCUCCCCGCGCCGGGCGUCCGGACACCUGGGCGUCCUUCUGUCCUCCAACUUGUCCUCCUCCCUCGCUCAAGCCACGCCCCAUUCGGCGCGGCUCGCAGCUUGCGGCUCCUCCUACUCGUCCGGCUCCAUACUGGAACCGCUGGUCUUUAGCGAGGGGCGUGGCCUCUCCUCACUGGUCGACAGCUCUGUUCCCGCCCCGUUGCCGGAGCGACCAGCUUUUCUGGAAAGGUAUGGAGCAGCCAACAUGGCGGCAGUCAAACCGAUGAUUCAGCAUCCCGGUGGAACCAAACCAAACUCCUCCUUCAACAACAACAAUGGGCGAACUGCAGCUCCCAGCAUGCAACAGGAGCAGAGCACCACACAGGUCCAGGGAGCCGUGCACGGCGUCACGCUGGAGGAGGUCCAAGCCGCGCUGCAGAGCCACGGCGGGAGCGUCACGCACGCCAUAAACCACCUGAAGGUGGAGCAGCUGUUCCGUCUGGGCCUGCGGUCCAGAGCCGAGUGCGAGGAGCUCCUGCAGCGCUGCCGGCUGAACCUGGAGCAGGCCAGCGCCCUCAUGCUGGACACAUACGGACCCCAUCAGAACAGGAAGUGACGUUUAAUGAUCCAUUCUCCACCUCCUGGUGUCAUUGGGAUCCAGGCGACGGUCCUCAGCGCCACAGUGAAGCUCUUUAAAGAACACAGACACACACACACAUAUACACACAUGUACACAGACACAUGCACACACACACACACACACACAGACACACACAUACACACACACAUGCACACACACACACACACACACACACACACACACACACACACACACACACACGUGCAUGCUCAUCAUAAGCUAACAAACCAGCUUCUUGAAUGUGUCACUUUCUUGAACAGUUGCUAUUUCUGUUGUUUUUAUUUUGUAUUAUUAUUACAUUAAUGUCCAGGUGUGUGUGUCUGUGUGUGUGUGUGUGUGUGUGUGUGUGUGUGUGUGUGUGUGUGUGUGUGACACUGUAAAUGCCUUCCUGCUGUUAACGAAGGGAAGUCAAAUCAGGGACACGUCAGCAUGUGGUUGUGUGUUUUUAAUGAGUCCUGAUGGGAUGUUGGAUACUUGUGAGGACGUUCACCUGCUGGUCAGAAUGAGAAUUACACGGAGGUGACCACGACGCAGGUGUGACUAACGGACCUUCAGAUCUUAUUGUAAGCAAUAAGAUUCCAGAACUGAAAUGUGAAGACGUCUACAAUCACGUCCGGCUCGUGGUUUAAUCAGCCGAACAUGUAUGUUUCGUAUGUUCUGCACGACGAUCGAACGCGCUGAGUCUGCAGAUAUGGAUCAUAAAUGUCAUCGCUCACUAAGGACCAGCUACACAGAUUGUUUUAGUGUCUUUGCAUGUAAGAGUGUGUGUGUGUGUGUGUGUUAUACGUUACAGAACAGUGUAUCAAUGCAGACGAGCAGAUGUGACCUCCAGUGUUUCAUAAUAAAGUUUCAUCUGAGUUUC